AUGAUUGGAGAGACGGACCUAGUUCAGUUGGUCCCGGCCUCGGCGCAUGCUGCGUGUGGCGCCGCAGCUUGUUCGGUGUCGACCCUGAACUCCUGGCGUUUCGUGCCGCUGCAAAACAGCGGAAGUGAAUCCCUGGAGGAUGCUACGGAGAGUGCACCCGGAAGCGUGGAGAAAGUGAAAACGGGAGAACCCUUCGAGCCGGCAACGGGUCCGGCAACGGGUCCGGCCACGCCAGAGGAGGCGCAAGAAGUGCAGGAUGCCUUGGAGGCCUUGCGUUUGGUGGCCCACAAGAGCGGCAUCGAGGGAAUCCAACGCUUGGUCCAGGUCUCUCAGAAGGUGGAAUGCUUGGAACGCUUGGAAAAGGGGCUGGAGCUACUGGAAUCCGCAAGGCCGGGACGGGCCGGGACGGGCCGGGACUCCCGGGACCCAGGAGAUUGGCGGAAGAUGUCUUCAGCUCUUUUUGUGGAGGAAGAUGAUGUUCCAGGGAAAUCUUUGACAGAAAUGACCUGCAAAAAGGUGAUUUGGGUGAAGGGCCCCUACUGGGGAAGUCUCCCGAAAGGCUCAUCAGGCCAUGGCAAAGCAAAGGACGACGAGGACGACGAGGACGACGAGGACGACGAGGACGACAAGGACGACAAGGAUGACAAGGAGGACGAGGAGGACGAGGAGGAGAGGAGGCUUCUCCGAAUCGAUCAAAGCCUGGACCGAGGCGGGGAUUUCGAGAUCCCAGAGAUCCCAGGGAAAGUGACAGAAGAACUGCAGGUGAUCCGAAUCUUGGUGAGCUCCGGUGGCCCUGCACUGCUUGGGGACCCGUUCUCGAACAAGCAGGGCUUGGAACACCGAGUGAGAGCUGCGGGGGAGCUGGAGUUCACUGGGAUAUCCCAGUUAGCUCGCCGUUUGGAGGACGAGGAUGUUUUUCCGGAGAUGACAAAGAGACUGUCCUUUACCUACGGCUACGGAGAAAGCGCAGGUCGGAUUCGCAACGAGAUGCUCUUAGACUUCGUCCAGCGUGUCAUUCAGGCUGGGGGUUUCCAUGCCUUUUGGCACGCCUUGAAGGGAGUCGACCUCAUGAAGUUGAAAGGAGAUCUUCAUUGUCUGGUGGUCAUUCGCCAGAAGCUUCAAGAGCUGAUCGCUGAGGACUGGUGGCUGGCAGUGCAUGACGCCGAAGGGCUGGAGGAGCUGCUCCAUUCGCAUCUGGCAGAGAGGAAGCGAAGGGCCGACGAUCUCACGUUGAGGCAGCGUGAACGCUUGGUGAAUCGCUUCAAAGAGAUUGGUGGCGUGGAAGCCUUCUUGGACGGCUUCAACAAUAUCAACCUGACCCAGAUGCUGGCGCAACACAAGGCGCUCCACACUGCUCGCAUCAAAGAGGUGGCCGUGAUCGAAGCGUUGGCGAAGAUUGGUCAAUUGGUGAAGAAUAAGGUGGAACAUUUGAAUGGCCUGGAAGCAGUUGCUGCCACCUUGGUGCGCUGGGGGGAUCGACACUAUCGCGGAGAGGAACCUGUGCGACUUUGGAAGGCCAUGCAUCAACAGGUCACCUGGCUCUUGCUGGCCAUUGAGGAAAACGGCGCAUUGUUGAAGGCCACGGUGAACCAUAGCAACCACCCAGGGAAAGAACCUGAGCUGACCCCCGCACGCUUGGCUCAAUUUCUUCAAGCCUUGCGUCCCGUCGGGGGCGUCCCGGGCUUUCUCAGCGCCUUUCGGGGCUUAGACUUUUCCACAGCAGCGCAGCAGGCACGAAUCUUGCACGACGCUUGCGUCCGGAGCCCCGAGACCACCAAGCGUCUGGCGUAUCUGUACCGGCUCCUGCGAAAUAGCUCGACCCAUCUCCGCGGCCUGGAACACUUCCUGCGGAACUUCGCGGCGCCAGUCUUGGCCGAGGCUGCAACGCAGGGAUCCACGGCACAGGAUCGAUUGCAGGUAGCUGAACGGUGGCAACGCCUCACUGCAUAUCUGGGUCAGGCAGCUGGAAAGACGCCUGCAGGCGAUGAAAAAUAUGAAAAUUCGCCGCGCACAGCGUCUGGCGCCGAUCAAGUCCUGGAGGUUUUGUUGCUGGGUCUUCGUCUCACAGAAGCUUCGGGGCUGAAAGCCAGCAAGCAGGACUGGGAUCAACUUUGUCACGAGAUCAAGUGUGAACCAGGUCUACCCGGUGUCCUAGCCCGUCUACGUGGCAGCAAAACUUCGGCGCGCCACGUGCAGCGCCGCUCAGCGCCGGCGUCGAUGGCGACUUCGACGGCUCCGCUGUCGUCGUCCGUGGGAGCGUUGCUGGUGAGGAAUUUCCUCCCGCCCUGCAUGGAAGAAAGCUCCGACGGCUACGCCGCCGCCGACGCCUUCGCGUCGGAGCCCGAGCGGCGGGCGCCGCCGCGGCCCUCGGACGUGGCGCCGCGGGGCGCCCGGAGUCGGCCGCACGGGGCGCGGUCCCUCCUCGGUGCCGGAGGUGUUGAGGACGGAUGGGAUGGGGGCCAUGGAUCCAUGGCAGGGAUGGAACAUGUCACUAUGGUGGUGGAUGAGACUGAUUAUAGAUUACCCCCGGAAAGCCAAGAGUUUGCCGCAGGUGAUCAUCACCAAGUUAUCGAACUUUGA